AUCCUGAAUGGUCAUCACAUCGCAAGCCCAAGACGCGCCGGUGUCGUUGUCCGGCCUGUUCGCCGCUAGCAGCGACUCGGAAGCUGAUGAGUUCGAGAACGAGUUUGAGAUCCAGAACAUCUCGAUCGGAGACGACAAGUAUCGCAUCCGAGUCUUCUCCUUCCACGAGGCGAACGCGAACAAAGUGUGGCCGGGGAUGUUCAGUCUCGCCGACUUCAUGGACUCCCAUGUCCGGUAUAGUACCGGUCGCAUUAUGGAGCUCGGUGCCGCUACAGGUGCGUUGGCCAUCCAUCUGCGGUCGUCGCCCCGCAACUACGACGUCAUGACAAGCGAUAUUUGCGACGACGGCGCUGUCGCGGCCAACAUCGAGUUCAACUCGAUCCUGAACGGACAAGCGAUCGGGUGUCAUUAUGCGCACACGUGGGGUACUGGAUGGGCCCAUCCAGGCCAAAUCCGAUUCGUGAUUGCGUCCGACAUCCUGUUGUAUGUGAGCGCCUAUGGAGCGCUCGUGGAAACGCUGCUCGAGAUCUUCGCGGUGAACCAAGCCGAAGAAUUCCUGAUGAGCUGGCGCCGCCGCAUCGCCGACUCGUCCAUCUUCUUCGACCUCAUGAAAGCGGCUGGCUUCCGCGUCCAUCACCACGGAUCUUGCAUUUACUCGUUCUUCAAGCCCGACUCCACGAGUCCGUACCUGCAGUCGCUGCUUCUGUUGCCUCCUCAUUCAUUGAACAAGCAAAAGUAAUUAAAGUAAUAUUGCUGAAACACAAA